UCUCUGGUCUUCUUUGUUCUCUCAUUUUUCUCACUACUUAAUCAUUUUGUAACUGCUGUUCUUGGUCUCUCUGAGAGAGAGAGAGAGAGAGAGAGAGAGACAGUAUUGGAACUUGCAAGACUCGUAGGUUGUUCUUUCUUUUUACCCUGCUGAGAACAAGUCAAAGAUUGGCUCUGGUCAGAAACUUUUUGUAUCUGGUGGUCAGCUAUGAAUCCUUGCCUUCCUGAUUGGAACUUUGAGUAUGAUCUCCCUUUAACCAACCAGAAGAAAAACAUUGGGUCUGACCCGGAGCUGGUGGAGCUACUAUGGCAGAAUGGCCAGGUUGUUAUGCACAGUCAAAACCAUCGAAAGCCGAGCUCAAACCAGCAUGAGAACAGUCAAUUGCAGAAACAUGAUCAGCCGAUUAUGAGAGGCGGUGGGUCUUAUGGGAAUUCUAGCAAUUUGAUUCAAGAUGACGAGACAGUCUCAUGGAUCCAUUAUCCUGUUGAAGAUUCUUUUGAAAAGGAAUUCUGUUUGAACUUCUUCAAUGAAUUACCGGUGCCUCAUCCAAUGGAGAUCGAUAAGGCAGUCAGGCAAGUCGAAGCAGAGAAGAUCGUGAAAUUAGGCAGUUCAGAUGAUGCCCUAAAUACAAGUAACCAGCAAUCCACCAUUAAGGGUACACUUGUUCCUGAAAUUUCUGGGAACCAAAUGCCACCUCCACGAGUUCAGUUCGCCAAAUCCGCUCAACAAAACAAUGUCUCUGGAAACCUGGGAAAGGUUGUGAACUUUUCUCAAUUCGCAGUUCCUGUCAAGGGUGAUCCGAGACCUUCUAGUCUUCACUUUGGAGGCGAUGCUCGAGAGUGUUCGGUUAUGACAGUUGGGUCUAGCCACUGUGGAAGCAACCAAAUUGUCAAUGACCCAGAUUUUAGUAGGGCAUCAAGCAAUGCUGCUGGCACAGCUGGCUUUUCUGCCGGGACUUUUAAGGAAGAUGUCCAUAAAAGCGUAGUUUCUCAGAGUGAGGGGAGGAAAACAGAGACACUUGAGCCGACUCUUACUUCAUCUUCCGGUGGAUCAGAUAGUAGUUUUGGUGGAACCCUCAAGGAAUCCGCUGGUGCGAGCAGCCACAAGAGGAAGGGCAGAGAUAAUGAGGAAUCUGAGUGCCAAAGCGAAGCUGCUGAACCAGAAGCUGCUAGUGGAAAGAAGCCAGCAACGAGGUCGGGAUCAACUCGCAGGAGCCGUGCUGCCGAAGUGCAUAACCUCUCUGAAAGGAGGAGGAGGGAUAGGAUCAAUAAGAAGAUGAAGGCAUUGCAAGAGCUUAUACCUCACUGUAACAAGACGGACAAAGCAUCAAUGCUUGAUGAAGCUAUUGAAUACUUGAAGUCUCUUCAGCUGCAGCUACAGAUAAUGUGGAUGGGAGGUGGGAUGGCUCCAAUGAUGUUUCCUGGAGUACAGCAUUAUAUGUCCUCAAUGGGUAUGACGAUGUGCCCACCGCCUUUGCCCACUGUAUCCAACAAUAUGCAUUUGCCUCAAGUCCCGGUAGUUGAUCAAUCAAUCCCAAUGGCUCCAAACCCGAAUCAGUCAGUAAUUUGCCAUACUCCAGUUCUGAAUCCCAUCAAUUUUCAGAAUCAGAUGCAAAAUCCCUCAUUUCCCGAGCAAUUCGCGCGUUACAUGGGCGUCCACCACAUGCAAGCCGCAUCACAGCCCAUGAAUAUGUUCAAGUUCAGCCCUCAGACUGUACAACAGAUUCAAACAAAUACACUGCCUGGCAAUAACAAUGGGCAAUAUAGUGGAGGAGCUGCAAAUGAUGCUUUAAGUGGCAAAAUGGGUUAACAAGUGGCCAUGCUCUUUGGAAGCUUGUAUUUCCACUAAUAUCAGAUGGUAAGGGGUCAUACUCUUCAGUGGGAAGACAUUGAAUGGCUGCUUGAUCCGUAUCUGGCUAAUUGGUGAUUUAUGUACUCAUCUCAUUGAUGAGUUUACUACUACAACUACUAUGAGGGUUUAACGAGUAUGGAUGAAGCUGGCUCCAUUACUUAUGUUGAAUCUGCCGUAAUUGGCCUGAUAAGAAGACCACCCUCUCGGUCCUUGAGAUUUUUUGUUUGCAAUUUUCAGUAGUUACAUGGUCAAUUUACUAUUCUUCCCAAGUACGCUUGUAAAUUUCUGUACAUUGCGUAUUAUAAGUGGAAGAACCGGAGCUAACACCAUUAGAAGCGCAGAAUUGAUGGUAUUGAUGGAGGUGAGAUUUGUAAUGGGAAAGGGUUGAUAGUGGGACUACAAUUAUACAUAUUUUGUUUCUUUA